AUGGAUCAAAUGCUCACGCUCAGAACCCCUGAUGGCAUUGUUAUGACCUACUUCGACGCGACGCGGCCACGAACAGAUCCUAUGGUCUGUGUGAAUAUUCUUCGACUCUUUUAUCAUUACAGCCGAGGAAUGGAUCCUUCGCUACGUGCAACCAAGGACUGGGUCCAUCAAGUUCUCCUCAACUUUGCGUAUAUUCACGGCACGCGGUAUUAUACGUCGCCGGACGUUUUCCUCUACUACGUCUCUAAAUUGGUCCAAGAAAACCCAGGCUCGGAUAUCUGUCGGGCUAUUGUUCCACUAUUAACCUCACGUCUACGAGCACGGGUGAAUGCCGACGGCGAUUCCAUAGCACUUGCGAUGCGAAUAAUCGCUUGCCAGGCACUUGGAAUCCCUGACGAGCUCGAUUUGCAAAAGCUACUCUCCCUACAAAGCGAGGAUGGCGGAUGGGAGGUCGGCUGGCUCUGCUGUACUGGAAAGAGAGGCAUCCGUAUUGGUAACCGCGGUGUUGCAACAGCACUCGCAAUUCAUGCAAUAGAAAGCAUGACCUCGCUGACAAACAUCGGGCUGCAAAUGGGGGUUGGAACCUUCUGGCGGAAUAGCGUAUAG